AUGAAAUUCAUCAUUGUUAUAUUAUUAGCUUUCUUAGCUUUCGCCACUGCUAGGGUUACUUUCGAAAGUUCAACUAGUGAUUGUGAUUUUACCUUAGAUGCAGAUAAAUGUAAACCUAUUCAAUGUGCUAUCCCUCCUUCUGCUAUUAAACUUAUUGGCAAUAAAAAAUAUGAAUCAGGUUAUGCCUACCUAGCUGGAAACACCUGUAGUUCACUUAUCCAAAAGGAAAUUGAAAUUAUCUGUAAUCAUUCAAUUGCAAUUCCUUCCGAUGGUAAAAAUACUUUUACUGCUAUGUGCUAUGACUUUGAUAGCAGCAGCUCAUCAACCCUUUAUUUAAUGGAGUAUAGCUCUUAUUUCAUCUAUGGUGAUUACACUGUUUUUAUCCCUAUCCAAUAUACUGAAGAAAAUAUUGGUAAUAUUUUCACAUUUAGAAUUACCGAUUUUUGGUUCUUUUUUGAAGAAAUUAAAUGCUAUACAUAUUUAAAUUUAUUAUACUUUUACAAAAAAAUCACUCAACAAAUUCCUUACUUGUUUUUAUUAUUAGAAUUUAUUAGACCCUCCUAA